AAAUCCAACUAUAAAACCACCGACAGAUAGACACAGACACACAGAGAUGGAUUACAUUAUAGAUAAAUGCAUGCAACCAAACAUGCUUCCUUUCGCUGGGAUACAUUUUUGUGAUUGAUUUAAGUCUGUUCCUCCUAGGUCAUUUAAUAAUUUCUACAAUAAACAUCACUGUGCCAGCACUUUGGGAGUCUUCAAAUAAGAUCAGGAUGUUCUUGCACAUAUUGAACGGCUUCUUCUUCCCACCCCAUUUUUGUCUUUUUCUUUUUUUCUUUGUUUUGUUUAAUUCCACAACUGCUCUGAUUUAGACCACUGAUCGGCAUUUCGGACGCAAACAGAAGCUGUCUCAGAUUGGUGCGAACGUCUGUCUCUCAUCUAGAGCGGACGUUGAGCAGGCUACAAGUAAAGCAGAAUUUUCUUUGUUGUUUUGCAUUUGGAAAGUUGUGUUUGAUGAUACUUCAUGCUAUAUGCGAAAUAUUGAGGUGUUGAUUAGUUGUAGAAUAAGAGCCUUAAUUAACAGUGGUCAUUUGUGCCAAUCUUGGUGAGAUUUAAAGAUUUGAUACUAAGGGGUGGACAGAAUCUGUGGGAGCAUGGUUGUGGAGUCGCAGACACCGCCGCAGAAAAAUAAUGUUGACCAACCGAGGAUGGCUCCGCGUUGUUGAGGCGCCCAUUUCACUAAAGGUAACAGAUUCAACAUCUGAGGUUGGAGGGGGAGGUCAGGUGCCAUGUCUCCUGUGGCCUACCAGGAUCUUCCUCUCAACAUCUACAUGGUUAUAUUUGGAACAGGGAUUUUUGUCUUUGUCUUCAGUCUCAUCUUCUGUUGCUACUUCUUCAGUAAAUUAAGGCACCAAGCCCAAAGACAGAAGUUUGGCUAUAAAACGGUGGUGUUCAAAGAUGAUCCGAAGAAAUUAAAUCUACAUGGGCAGACGUGUGCCGUGUGUUUAGAAGACUUCAGGCUGAAAGAUGAGCUUGGUGUGUUGCCAUGCCAACAUGCCUUUCAUCGAAGGUGCCUGUUGAAAUGGCUGGAGGUUCGCUGUGUGUGCCCCCUGUGUAAUAAACCAAUCACUGGACAUCCUGAGCAGCGCCACAGCUUGGGCACAUUACUGGAUGAACUGAUAUAGCACAUCCCCAUGACUACCAAAGAUACCUACCAACAGCAAUUCUGUGCCAGGACAAUACUAUCAUCCUGCUAAUAAUAAGUGGAUACACAUACAACACAGGAGAGGGCAAUUCCAAGCCAAACAGGAAUAUCCAUUGUCCACAAAGAAUACUUAAUCACAGCAGUUUACUUCUAUGGAGAGACAUUGAUUGAAGCUAAGGGGAAGACUGUUUCUAAAAGACCAGUCAUAAUACAUGAUUUGGAUGUGAAUUUUUACAAUUUAUGUUGUGAAACAAGGAAAAUUUGUGCAUUGUGGGAAUCAAGAGAAAAACUUUUUUUUUCUCAAAAGGUUGCUUGAGAAACAUAUCGCUGCCUUAAAUGUCUCAUAUAUACAGCCUUCCAAUCAGUUUACACUUAAUUGUCAUUUGUCAUUGUUAAUUGUCAUUUUAGAUGUCACAUCAUGUAGAAAAAAUGCGUACCUUACAAUAUCCUGUACAAAAUGUGAAUUUGUAAUGUCAAAAAAAGCUGUCAUUGUUAUUGAGUAUAAUGUAAUUAGGUGUAAUCCAAUAUUUUCAGUUGCAGCAGAUAGAAUUAGAUCAACUCAUACACCUGAAGCAGUCUUUGCCUCAUUCCAUGCCACUAGAGGUCUACCAAAACCAACCGAAGGCUGAAAGUUUGAAGAUAACUCCUCUUAGAAGUGUCUUGAAGUCAAUGUAUUAAACAUACACAAUUAUCUUA